GGUCCGCGAGGCGCCUCGGCACCGAGCACACGCGCGGCAGCACCAGCGACGGAGGAGCAUUAAGACACAGUCCCGACCAGGGACACCCGGGGUCCUACACUGUCCCCUGUCCGAAGCGCACACCGCCACUGGAUACACACAACGUAAAAAGGAGGGAAAACAACGCAUUUUUAAGUGCACCAUUACCGUUUGCUUUCAACGCCAGGUAUUUAAGAAGUGCGUUUACGGGGAAGUUUGCUACUCACAGCGGCAGUUACUGGAGCAUGAAAGCCGGUGUGUAGAGGAGAGCAUCAGUCUAAACUUCACUGACUUCAUAAGCUUGCUUUAGACUUUUGAAUUGUUCUGAGUUUUUUUGUACCACCUGCAGUUAUUUUCCAAAAGACGCUUGUUUUAUUGGACCGUGUUUUCCUCUGUUCCUCAGGGACUCGACAAAAACCUUCCAACUUUGUAAAAAACAUUACGCUUGUCUGAGUGGUUUCAGACAUUCACAGCGAUAAGAGAAGAAAGAAAGACGAAGGGAAGGACAGAGGGAGAAGUGGAUGUAUUUCCAGCCAUGGAUGUAACAGUUUACCCGCCUCCUCCUCAGCCCCUGGCCGCAUCAGACCACACCAGGCUGGGGCAACUCUCCUACCCUGACCCGGCCUUUGGGACCAACAAGCUGGAUGGGGACACCAUGUUCUUGGGUAUGCCAGAAGCAGGCCUUGACUUUCCCUCAGCCAAUCAGUUUCGUGUGCCACAGCCCCCUCACCCUCUCAGCAAGGUGACGCCACCCAACCCGCCCUCACAGCACUGGAGGAGGGACACACACAUGGCUGACACACAUCGUCUGCCUUGGUCCUACUCAGUGGGUGGUUUGGGUGACGAGGACUUCAACAUCCCGCCCAUCACUCCCCCCACCCUGCCAGACCACAUGCUACCCCCCCAUCUCCCUCACGAUUCCCGCUCUGGACCGUACCACCCUCUGGACCCCCCCUCCAACUCAGCUCCACACCACCCCUACCAGCUGCAGGGCAUGGAUCUGCCUGGCAUGCCUGGGAACCAAGAUGGAACUGCUAUGUUGAACCAAGAUGGUGGCACGUUCAGUCCAGAUAGCGGCCCAAUGACCAGUACACUGUCUGUGAUGCAGCAGAUGGUGAAUUCUGAUUCUCGGUUUACCAGCAGCCAACAGCCAAUUGAAGCUGCGCUUGGACCGAGGAGCCAGUCAGGCAUGAACCAACAAAGUCAGUUGUCCACCAUCAACCAAUCCCAGCUGGGGCUGAGCGGGAACUCUGUUACCCAUAAUUCUCCUUCACCUCCUGGAAGUAAAUCCGCCACGCCAUCCCCCUCCAGUUCAGCACAUGAGGACGAGAAUGAUGAUGGACUCAGGCUGGGCAGUGGAGGAGAGAAGAGGCCAGCAACAGUGGACAUCUCCAAGAAACCCAAAACACCAAAGAAGAAGAAGCGAAAGGACCCUAAUGAGCCAGUGAAGCCAGUGUCUGCCUACGCCUUGUUCUUCAGGGACACCCAAGCCAACAUCAAGGCCCAGAACCCCAACGCCACCUUUGGGGAGGUGUCAAAGAUUGUGGCCUCCAUGUGGGACGGUCUGGGAGAGGAACAGAAACAGGUGUACAAGAAGAGGACAGAGACAGCUAAGAAGGAGUAUCUGAAACAACUGGCUGCCUACAGAGCCAGCCUGGUCUCACAGAGUUACAACGAUCCAUCUGAAAUGAAGCCACCCCACUCUUCCUCCACAUCUUCCUCUUCCUCUACCUCAAUGUUCACACCCAAACCUUCAGUGUACUCCGGUCACCCAGGCCAGCACCAUUCCUCCAGCUCACUUGCCCACCCUCACCCUCUCCCUCCCCACCAGCACCCGAGCAUGUACGUGCCGUACCCUCACCCAUCACACCCUUCCCACGCCUCAAGCCCUGGCCUCAGCCCACACCUGCCCCCUCCUCACACCCAGAUCCACCCCCAGCUCCAGGCUCUGUCUUCCAGAGGGACCGUGCCUCGGCCCAGCGUCCCCCACCAGGGAGCUCUGUCCCUUGGCAACAUGGCAGCGGCAUCCACCCCUCCUCUCCAGGUCAGCCCUCCCCUCCAUAGCCAGGCACACCUGGGUGGGCUGCACAGUCCACACCAGCAGCACCAGCAGCUCAGUGGACACUCACUGGGAAUGACACACUCGCCUGCUAUCACACAGGGCUACCACCCCUCUCUCCAGUCUGACUACCAGUCAAUGGGAGGAGGUAUGAUUAAUAGUGGAGCAGUGAUGUCAUCAUCAGUGGACUACCAUCAGAUGGGUCGACACACGCCUAACCACCACCACCCGUCUCUGGACUGGAGCACUGAUUACCAUGGCAAUGGCAGUCUGCAGAGAGACAAACCUCUCUAUCUGAGCUAAUCUCAGGACAACGUGACACCAAACUUCAACCAAGCCCUUCUACUGCCACACCUCUAACCUCAUCUCUACAUGAACCCAGGCCAGCCUCGUCCAACCAUGACCAACCAAGGACUUAACCAACAGACCACCUACACUUGAACUAAACUUGGGUUCAGCACUUCUAACAAAAGCCCAAUCAGUAGAAUAAUGGGACAUUUCUGUGUAUAACUACCACAGAAACAAUAGGCCAGUGUUAAAAACAUGAAGGAAUAUUUUCCACCAGUUUCUGCGGGUCCCAUGGCUGGGCUGAUGUCUGUUAUGGCUGUAUCUUUUCUACUGACCAUUUACAGCAUAAGACAUGCUAUGCUUUGAAUUGAAGUUGUGUAUACCAGUGAGGAGAGGUGGGCGGGUCCUGUGCUGUGAACCAUGAUAGUAGGUGUAUAUACUCCAACCUCCCUCAGUAAGGGAUAUUCUGUCUAAUUUCCUGUCUGCCCUAAAAAGUUCAUAUAUAGUUCCUCAUUUUGUAAAGAUGGUGUUAACCGUCAGUUCCAAAAGGCUCUGAAGAGCAAGUGUAAAUUGCUGUAACAUAAUAGUUGAGCUGUCAAUUUAAAGCCAAUUGAUUUUUGGUCUUUCACCUUUUAGUUGCUGUAUCCUUCUAUGCCCAAAGUCAAGAGAACACAGCACACAGGUUGAUCACCAAAUAAUACACAAAUCAUUUCCCCGCUGGUUCUUUAAUUAUAUGAAUAUAAGCUUUUGAUUUGAUGCAGUAUGGUCUGAAGUCCCACACACUGUAGAGACAGAAGACUUAGCAGUGUUGAACAGAGUAGUAACGACUGAGCUCACACUGCUUGAUUCAGCUGAAGACAAAUAAGAGAAAGAGGUGGAACAGCACCUGAAGCUGUUUGUCGCCUCUUUAACCAGGCGCUGGCUGUGAAUAAUUGUGUGUACGAUUAAAGAACUUUCAUUGUUCUCUUGCAGUGAGGCUCAGAUCUGCAGGGUAGAAAUUCAGUGUAUUUUAGUCCUUGAAAUGAUGAAAUGUCAAAUAAUUCUUUGUUGAGGAAAAAAAAAACAAAAAUACUCCUUUGUACAAUGACAGCUCCUCCUCCUGGCAUAUGUCUGUUGAUAAUAUUGAUUUGGAUCCAAACUGUGCGUGUGUGCGUGUGUGUGUGAGCGAGAGAGAGAGAGAGAGAGAGAGAGAGAGAGAGUGUGAAGUGUUAAUGAGAAGGCAGAGUGGUUGAUUGGGUUGCAUGGUCUCUUUUGUCAUCUCUAUUUCCCUGUGCACAGAGGCUAUUUAAGAAUCUAUAACUGUUGCUGGGUUGGCUGUGUUUUAAUGUUGUUUUUUUUAAUCAAAUCAAGUUUUGUUUUAGUGUUGAUGAUGAUGAUGAGAGACACAUCGCUCUCGCUCUGUAUCUCUUUGUAUUAAUGUGUUUUUUGGCAGAUGAAAGGACUCUGGGCAACAACAACCAUGAAGAUUUUCUUAUUUUUAGAUUCUAAUAAUGUGUUUGAGAAUAAAGUCAGUGCUGCAUUGAUGUGCAGUCAUUACCUGC